UCGGAAAUUUUAAAGAACCUCGAUUCUUGUUUUUGGUCGAGGUUCAGACUCUAGAUCUUAAUCAGAGAAAAACUGAAAAAUGCCUGAUCUUGACUCUUGAUACAGUAAAAAUCAAGGCCUGAUCCAUGCCGAUCUCCUAUAGUUUGUAAAAAACCAGGCCCUGAUUACUGCCGUUAUUUUCUUUAUUCUUGAUAUUUCCAUUUAAAUUUUUUUAUUUUUCCAGCUCUCAUCAUUCUGACUAUAACAGAACACAGAAAAUUUAGAAGAAAAAGAAGAAUAUAAAUUUAAUUUAAAUCAAGCUUUCCAAUUCAACAUAUAAACAUGGCUUACGCAUAUAAAGAUGAUAAGAAGGCUGAAGAACCUCAACCUGUUGAGCGUAUCCGCAUUAUUCUGACCUCACAGAACGUCAAGGCGUUGGAGAAAGUUUGUGAAAAGCUGAUCCACGGUGCUCGUGAAGAACAUUUGGCUGUCAAAGGCCCUAUUCGUAUGCCGACUAAAGUGCUUCGCAUUACUACGCGUAAGACACCGUGUGGAGAAGGUUCCAAGACUUGGGAUCAUUUCCAGAUGCGUAUUCACAAACGUAUAAUAAAUCUUCACAGUCCAAGUGAUGUUCUCAAGAAAAUUACUGGAAUUCCAAUCGAGCCUGGAGUUGAUGUUGAGGUGACUAUUGCUGAUUCUAAUGCUUGA